CCGCCAUCCUGGCCAAUAGAUAAUUUACCCAGCUCGCAUUUCCAUUUCCAUUCAGACAUCCAUAGCGACUUUAUCUUAUCACGAAAAUGGUGGGCGCGCAGAAAAGCAAUCGCUGCGAUACCUGUAGGAAGAGGAAGAUUAAGUGUGAUGAGGAUUGGCCAGUAUGUGGACAAUGCAAACGCUCCAAUCGUACCUGUCCCCCGAGAUCCGCGCUCAAGGUUGUUGACGAAGGGGUUAAACUACGAUCUACUGGAUCCAGUAGUGACGGUGAAGAUGGAAGCUCCAAUACCUCCCUUGUCGUCCCCCACGUCAACCGAAGGGGUAAAAGCCCUCGUGUUAACAGCCCCAUAUCACUACCACUUACUCCAGCCGAACAGCUGGCAUUCGACCUCGUCGAUUCCCUAAAGGCGGAUGACAAAUCUUAUAGUUUGAAUGUCAUUGGUGAAUUUGUACGUGAUGUCCCCCGGCAUAUUGGUAGAAGCGAGGCAUUAGACUCGGUUACGGCCUGUAUGCUUGUUACCCAUAAGCAUAUCCUCUCUGGCCGACCCAAUAACUGGCAGAUACACCCACGACUCUAUAGCACCGCACUGCAGAAUGUCAGAUGCGCUCUUGUCGAUCCUCAAAACUGGGCUUCUGCGGUCACUUUAUGCGCUACCGUUCUGCUACAUCGCAUUGAGGCUUUGUAUGGAAUUCUUCCCAACACAAAUAUCGAAGUACACGCAGCCGGGCUAGCGGCUCUACACCGUAAAAGAGGACCCCCUAAAUCAGGGGAUAGGCUAGAUAUACAAGCUACAGUAGACAGUCACAUUUCUAUUAUUCAACAUGCUAUCAACGAACAUGAAGACUGUUUCCUCGCCUCCCCGAAAUGGGCCGUAGUGCUCGACGAGCGAAACGGGCGGUCGGAUGUCCAAAUGAUAUACUACAGACUCGUCCGAUUAAUGACUCUCUGGCCUACCUUAGUUCGCGAAAACUCCGCACUUCGGAAAGGAGACUUAACGAUUGAUCGCGAGGUAGCCUUAGAAAAAUGUCUUCAUGUUCUCGAAGAACUAUCUCACAUCGGCUGCGAGGUAGACGAUCUUCUCGACAGCGAGAAAUUCAUCAAAGUCAAACCCACGACAAACAAACUCGAUUUCGUACCCAUGAUGUUCGAUGUUAAGGAUAGGUUGGCGGCUAUGCUAGUAGCUCACUAUGCGAUGUAUAGUGUCAUAGUACAUCGCCUUGUACUGUCGCAUCUUCGGGUACUUAGGAGGAGGCACGACACUGGUUUAAUGGAACAAGAGCUCUUGCGACAGUGUCGCCGCAUUUGGAUGCUUACGGAGUACAGUCUUGCGUAUAAGCCAAUGGGGCUACCGAUUAUGUCGGCGAUUCUACUGUUGACGUAUGAUCUGGCCGAGGGACCGGCUGCGCAGGAUCGCAUUAUUGGGAUUGUGCAUGAGUUAGAUGAUUUCCGCUCCAUGGAACGGUUCAUUGAUGCGGAUAAGAUUAGGCGGGGUAUUGCGCCGUUGAUUGGGAUGUGAUAUAACGGGAUUCGGUGUUGGUAUGAUGGAUAUGGUAAUGGAUGUAUGAACGGUGGCGAAUACCUAAACACUGUCGGGGAUAAGUUCUGAGGUUGUGAUAUGCUUUGGGAGGCUUACUGCAGGAAAUAGGGGGAGCAUAUUAUAGGUUGUCUCAUCCGCCCACCCUCGGCCGUACUCAUACGGGCGAAGGUUGCCAG